AUUUCAAAUAACUGUCAUCCGGUUCGCGUCGUUUUGUAAAUUAAACGACGUAAAUAUGUUGCAUAAACACAUCUUGAAUGUAAAUAAACAAUCGAGUACCCAUUUCAAUUUAGAUUGGAUCAGAUAAAAUUUAUUGUAUAAUAGAAAAUACUCAAAAAACUAAUCAUGAAUUCUUUAAACUCUUUUGGCGAGAGAAUAGAGGAUUAUGAAGUGCAUAAUUUAUUGGGUAAAGGAGGCUUUGCCUCUGUUUACCAAGCGCAAUGCUAUAAAACUCAUAUUGAUGUAGCUAUAAAAAUGAUUGAUAAAAAACUAAUGCAGGCUGCUGGUAUGGUGAAUAGGGUCAGGCAAGAAGUCGCAAUCCAUUCAAGAUUGAAACAUCCUUCGAUUUUGGAAUUGUACACAUUCUUCGAAGAUGCCAAUUAUGUAUAUUUAGUAUUGGAACUCUGUCAUAAUGGGGAAUUGCAGUAUUACAUUAAAAAAAGGGUUUUGACUGAGAGUGAAGCUGGUAACAUUAUGAAACAAGUUGUUGAAGGAAUGAAAUAUUUACAUUCACAUAAUAUAUUACAUAGAGAUAUAUCUUUGUCCAACUUAUUGUUGACUAGAGAUAUGCAAGUGAAAAUUGCUGAUUUUGGUCUAGCGACACAACUCACAAGGGCUGACGAAAAACACAUGACAAUGUGUGGCACUCCGAACUUCAUUUCUCCAGAAGUGGCAUCUAGGGGUUCACACGGACUAGAGGCUGAUGUCUGGGGACUGGGAUGUUUAUUGUAUACCCUACUUGUGGGUAAACCGCCGUUCGAUACACAGGGCGUAAAGAGUACUCUAACCAGAGUAGUGAUGGCUAAUUAUGAAGUACCUAGCCACCUAUCACCGGAGGCCAAAGAUUUAAUUCAUAGUUUAUUACAAAAGAAUCCUAAAGAUCGCAUGAAACUCGAUCAAAUACUUGAACAUCCAUUCAUCAGGAGGGGCCAUGUCAUGUCCUCCCACAUUACCAACGACAGUGGGAUUCACACCAUGUCCAGCAGGAGGGAUAGCGCAUUUAGUGAUAGCAUUCUUCCACAUAGUUAUGCACAGCCUCUAUUUCCAUCAAGACGAGCCAACAGCGAUUGCGCUCCUCCCUCUCACCAUCCUGUCAGGAGGUUGACGCACAGUAUGGAUCAAGUAACCAACGGUGUGCAGAAUUUCGAUUUGGGGCCUCACAAAGACCUAUCCUGCAACAAUGGCUCAUGCCAUAACAGCUGCCGUUCCCAAAACUAUGAAAGAAACAGCCGUUGUAGUUACCAGGAACCCGUGCACCUGUCCUGUCACAAUUCGAACCCAUGCAAUGGACUUGCCAACCAUUACCAACCCUCAGAUCCAGGUGGGAUGAUUUUGGGAGGUCUAACUUCGAACAGAUGUUCCCCCAUGAACUCGCACUGCGCGGACGUUUUCAACGCGCCGAGAUCUUGCCAUGGUCCAAACGUAAAUGAUAUUUAUAACCAGAGAGUGUUGGCAGCUUCCGAUGGUGGAUGUUCGGGGGUGAAGCCUUCUUCCAGGAGUGAUGAGAGAGGCAUGUCAAGACCAGAACUACCAUCACCGCUGUGUUCCCUACGUCUUCAGCCGACCAGACAUCAGACCAAGAACGCCAUACUCAGCAUCCUCGAAGACGGCGAGGUUUGCGUGGAGUUUAUAAAAAAACGGGGCUCUCUAAAGAGAGAAAUGGUCUGCGAGAUUUUGAGGAUUUCUCCGGAUGGAGUGAGAAUAGUCAUAUACGAACCAGACGGGGGCAAGGGAGUCACGCCGUCCGAGUCGCCGGCACCCCUGCCCAAACAGGGGGCCGAUCAAAUCUUCAGCAUAGAGAACUUGCCGGAGAAGCAUUGGAAGAAGUACAUGUACGCCUCCAAAUUCGUCGAUCUGGUCAGGGCGAAAACUCCCAAAGUGACGUGCUAUUGCGAUAGGGCGAAGAGUUUGCUUAUGGAGAAUCUGACAGAUUUUGAGAUGCAUUUCCAUGACGGAGGCAAAGUCGUUCAGUCUUCUGCGGAAGGUAUAGUCUUGACUGAUAGAUCAGGCAAAACUUUCACAUUCAAAAGAACGGAAGAAUGUUCUAACCUCUCCGGAACGUUAGAGUUCAUGUGGAAACAUGCAGUCAAAAUGAAGAAACAUUGUCUCUUAUUGGAAGAAUCCCUUCGCAGGCUGCCUGGUACGAAUUUCCCCAUCAUUGUGGGCCGUAGGCCAUCUUCAGUCGCGGCCAGUGGUAAAGAGAAUUCUCCUAUUGUUGCGCCAUCCUUUGCAUUAUCCAUCAAUUCUACGAAUGGAACGAACGGAGCAACUUCAAGCUUGGGUUGUGGUAAAUCGAGAGAGAAGCAAGUGGCAGUGCCAGGCGUGGGGACAGCGGUGCAAUUACCGAAUGGAGAAGUGAAAGUGAGAUAUCUUGAUGGUUCUCAAAUCUGUGUUGAUGGCAAGAAUCAGAUAAAGUAUCAAGGAGUGGACGGUCAAGUGAUAAGGUUUUCAGAAAAUGAUAAAAUACCUCGUCCGAUAAUGGACAAGCUGCAACAUAUGCCGAAAGUAUUGAAACAUUUAAUGUCUCCAGAUGUCAGUCAGAAAACGCAUUCUUUUAGGUAGUAUUAAGUCUAUAUCAAGGAUUGUUAAUUCAUUGGAAAAAAUAAGUAUAGUAAAAUUGUAUAUAGUUGUUCCAUUUAUAAAUAUAAACAGAGUUUUCCA